GGUGAGCGAGACCGUAUGUCGGCGCACGUGGACGGAGGAUCCGCGGCCGUCCUGUUCUCCCUCGCUAUUACUUCCGAAUCCUCUUUACCUUUGGUAUUGUAUCAUAAUCCUUGAAGGUCAGAAUGGGGAAGAUUAAACGUCUGCAGAAUGCUGGUGGCAAAGUGCCUCGGCCUGGCCCUCUAGCAGAGCAAAUUGAAAAAUCUGAGUACGCACAACCCUCUGCAAGGAAGAAAGUUCGCAGCCAACGCUCUGAUGGUGAUGAUGAAUUUGUAGAAGGCCAGAUGGGGCGUAGCAUCUUGAAACAGAGUCAGGCUCAACUGCAGGAGGUUCUUUUUGAGGACAUGGAGAAAGACUUCCCACCUCUUGGGCAGCCAGUUGAGAAAUACGAGAGACAACCUCAGAAGGUGUCCCUAAGCCGAAAAUCCAAAGAUGCCAUUGAUGACGAGGAAAGCAGUGACGAUGAGAAAGAGGUUAAUGAAAUGGAUAAUCCUGUACCUUGCAAUGUAGACAAAGUUGUGAAUGAUUUUGAGAAGGAAUUGGUAAGUGAUGAUAAAUAUAUUUUUUUCUUGUUACAUUUAAAGUUCUUCAUAUGAAAAGUGGAAAGUGUU